AUGGAAGCCACUGCUGCGCUGUGCAUGCAAACGGCAGAACCUGCGAUGAGUUCUGCAAGACUGCCGUCUACGGGGUCACAAACUUGGGCAACAACGUCCAUUGCAACGCGAGAGGCUCCUCCAACUGUAUCUCGGCCACGCGUACAGAUUCACGCGCGCCCACUGCGUUGCAAAUUUUCCAUAUUGACCUUACUUACUGUUUCGAUGUUUGUGUCUUUGGGAAGCUGA